AUGGGAGGGCAUUUAUCCAAUUUGAAAGUCGAUAAAAAUUCUGAAAUUUUCGAAGCCUCUUGCGGUCCAAUACGUGGAAAUAUUUAUCAUCAUGAAAACAACAAAAUCGUAGAUGGAUAUCUAGGAAUUCCAUAUGCCCAACCACCAGCCAGAUUUCAGCGGGCAAUUCUAGCACAAAACUGGACCGAUCCCCUAGAUUGUUAUAAAUACGGUCCGAAUGCUCCACAAACCGGCCUGGUUCCGGAUUUGGGCCAAUAUGGAAUGGAGAAUAUUAUUGACGAGGAGAAAUGUUUGAGUCUGAAUAUAUUUGUGCCACGUGGCGGCGAGAAAUCGAAAGCUGUGAUGGUUUUUAUUCACGGCGGGGGAUUUGAAUUGGGCUCGAGUGGAUAUUAUUGUCAUAAAUCGGUUUCGGGGUGCGUUUUUUGGGGGGGGGGGGGGAGAAAAGGUAUCAAAGAUUUCUCGGAUCAAAUUUUGAAAAUUUUAUAUAUUUUUUAUGGGCCUAUGCAGAAUGAUAUUUUGUAAUAAAAAAACAUUUUUUCCUAUGCAGAAAAACGUCGAAAAAACAAAAUAUACAGUUUAUCAUUUUGAAUAGAGACAACGUGAAAUUGAGAGAGUGCAGACAAAAAACCCAUUUUAUGUCUGCGCUCUCUCAAUUUCACGUUGUCUUUAUUUUGUUUUUUCGACGUUUUUCUGCAUAGGAAAAAUAUGUUUUUUUACGUUUUUUUAUUACAAAAUAUUAUUCUGCAUAGGCCCAUUAUACAAUUUUUUGAAACGUAGAUUUUCGAUCUUGGAAAAAAUGUGAAAUUUUCGAACAUUUUUCAGCUGAAAAUCUUGAAGCUCAAAAAUUUUCUCUUCGCAACUCCCAUAUUUUCCAGCUCUCUGCCUCUCAAAGACAUCAUCCUGGUCACCAUCAAUUAUCGUCUCGGUGUUCUCGGUUUCCUCACAACCGGCCAGCAAAAUUGCCCAGGAAAUCUAGGUCUUUGGGACCAAACCCUUGCCCUAGAAUGGAUUCAGAAGCACAUCGAAUCAUUCGGCGGAAAUCCCAAAAACGUCACAAUUUUUGGGCAAAGUGCAGGAGGAGCAAGUUGUGAUUUGCUCUCGUUGAGCCCGAAAUCUCGUGACCUAUUUUCGAAAAUCAUACCGAUGAGUGGCUCAGCGAUGUGCUCAUUUGCGAUGAGAACCAAAGAAAAUCAAGUGAACGUUUUUGAGGAAUUCGCAGAAUUUCUAGGAGCUCAAAAAGGCCAAGAUUUGGUUGAGUUUUUCAAAACGAAAUCGAUCGAGGAGUUGACGAAAAUCGAGAAAUUCAAAAAAUCCGCAUCCGGUGGCCUGACUUUCAUCCCAAAUUUCGAUGGCGAUUUCUUCCCGCGGCCUCUCGACGUGCUCCGAAAAGAGCAAUCACAAACUCGACCCAUCAAAAUUCUCACCGGGAUUUGUGAACUGGAAGGUCUGAUUCUGGCAAUCUUGGAUCCAUCGAAUAGCACGGCGUUGGAAAAAUUGACAAAAAAUGUGGGCCUGAAUUUGAGGGAGGAUUUAUUGGGUGAAAAAGCGGAGAAGAUCAGAAAAGAAGUUUUCGAUUUCUAUUUGAAUGAAGCUGAAAAUGUGGCUGAAAAUGAGCUAGAGAUCAAGAAAAAAACUGUGGAAUUCGUUGGUGAUUGGAUGUUUAAUUUGGGAAUUUUGGAAAGUGCGCGAAAUUCGGCGAAACAUGGAAAUGACACAUUUUUGUAUGAAUUCGAUUUUUGUAAUCCAGAGGGUUUUGGAAUGUUUCAGCAGAUUUUGCCGGUUGUUGGUGAGGAUUUGGGGAAUUUUUUGACACGAGAAUUUGCCACGUGGCGUUUGUGGUGUAGAGAAAUUGAUUGAAAAUUUAAAAUUCAAUUUUUUUUCCAGCCGCCACUCAUUGCACAGAUCUUCGUUAUGUUCUCGGCGAAGGUGUCUACAGUAAAUUCGACGCCUCCACCGAAGAUCUGCAAAUGUUCCAAACAAUGACGAAAAUUUUCUCGGAUUUCGCAAAAACCGGCAACCCGGGAUGGCCGAAAUUCGAUAUUUCCGAUCAAAAAUUCAAAAGAAUCAACUUGCCGGAAGUGGAAAAUUUGGAAAAAAUUGAGAAUUUCGGAGGGGGAAGAUGUGAGAAAUUGAAGAAAAUUGUGCUGGAAAAUGAUCGAUGUUUCAAUUCAUAUUUUUAUGGAGAGGAGAGAAGUGGAUCGAAAAUUUGA